AUGAAUGCGGCUGCUGUCGCAGCGGCGGUACCGCUACUGUCAUCGGUGUACGGAGCAGCUGCAAAUGGAAAACCUGUUGUGGAAGAUUUGGCCGCGCACUCGGAUACCACGACAAACUCAUCAUGUUCCUCAAGCCCGCAGAAGGCGUCACCGAGCAUUGUGCGUUGCCGAGUGCAAUCACCAGUUCAGUUGUCAGAGGCGGAUCAUCUCUCAGGUGGUUCAGAUUCCCCGGAUACGACCAAUCCGAAGGGUUGCGAGCAAUGUGAAACACAUAAACAGCGGGUUUUCGAACUGGAACAGACACUGGAAGCGAAACGGAUUGAACUGAAAAACACUCGUGAACUGAUGCGCAGAAUUGGAGUGAUCGCCGGCUCACUUCUUGAAUCGUGCACUGAUUUUGACAAACAGUGGGUUUCACACAGUCGUAAAGUUUACUCACAAAUACAAUCCGUCAUAUGUAACAUGGAAUAA